UGGCAGAGGGUGAGCCUGCCCCGAUGGGCUGCAGCUGAUGCAGCAGCAUCAAAGGGAAGCCGCAGAGAACUGCUGCGUAGACCCAUAGAGAGCUACCGCUGCGACAGGUUGGGGGAAAGGGGAGAGUCCCUGAAGGAAGAUGUGGCCGUGUAACGAAUCCUGCCUGUAAAGUGCUGUGGACCUGCCAGCUAGAAGCUGGGGGAUGCAUUUACAGUUAUUCGGGUGGGAUAUAUGCGUGGAGGGAGCAGUGUGGCAUCAACUCUGAGAGCUGCUGUGUUAGGAGGCAGCAUCCUGCCCUGCCGCAGAGAAUGGACUGCAUCGUGCCAACAUGCGUUUUCCAUCUCGGCUGGCCAUGAGGCUAAAAACCGCUGAUUCACAUGACCCAGGCACGGAGACUCCCCAGCUGCCUCCGUCUCGCGGAGUAGUGAGGGGAAGAGAAGGCGGUGCUGAAAGUCUGUCAAGACCUAAGGUGGGAAGAAAUCUUGGCUGGCCAGUUUCAAAGCCUUUGGAUCAGGGAUUAAGGUACCCGAGCUCCCAGCCAUGGAAGCCUCUACCUGGCAGUGCUAUGGAUAUCUACUGGAUGACACAAGUAAGGCAAAUGGGAGAGACUGCACCCCUUCCCGGAGAACCCCCAAAGUGACGUGUGAAGAUUAUACUCUGCUAGAUAAGACUCAGCUCAGCCAGGAGGGCCUGGGGCACAGGAUGGAGAGAGGUAACCUUCCGGACCCCGAGCGUGAGCCGCACGGCUCUGCCAGGUUACAGACGAGCAGAAGCCUGCGUGAGAGAGGGCAGCGGGGGCCGGUGGCCGAGGAGCCGUGCUUGGAAGAACAUGCUGUUUCAAAAGCGCGCAGGAGAAACGAGGAGGGGGGGGUCUCUCCAAAGGUGUAUGAAAUACAGGUUGGCCAGAGGCGACCAGGUACCAGCAGGACGGUGAAGCCUGUUGUGUAUAGGCUGGAGGAAAGUGAAUACAGACGCCUGAUCCAGGAGGGAGAAACCGAAUGUGAAGGGAAGUGGGAAAUGACAGAGUACAAGAUACCUUUGAUUCAGAAAAAGCUCGGUCACCAGGAAGGUUACCCAGGGAACGAGAAGGCAGCAAGUCCAAAUGUAAAUAUGAUCAACACUUUCCAAGGAACCUUGAGGAAGCAGAUAAGCCGUUCGGACUCCGAAAGUAGCGUAGAGAACAGACAAGUUAAUAAACUGACAUUGAACUCUCCCUCAGAGGAAAAUAAACCGAGCGUCCCAGUCAGGUCGGAUAGCUUUGAGCGAAAUGCCAUGCUAAUGGAUUACAUUUUGCAGAACAAACAGGAGACGACAACAUCUGUUUCACACGUCCCAAGAGAAAGCAGCAAGCCAGCUGAAAGCUUUAGGCAGACGUUUAACUUCGCCCCUCAGACCGACGACUCUCCAGACCUUUGCCAGAACGGUCAGACUAGCGAAGAGGAUCCAGUCAGGAAGCCAGAGAAAGAUAAGCAGGUUGUGAAGAGCCUUGAGAUAAUGGUCUCUGCGGCUGCAAACUGUGCUUCAGGGGCUAGAGACACUGAAAAGCUUUCAAGGCAGAACAGCAGCCAGCUCCUUGAGAGCUGGGAGCAGCUCGGAGGUGAAGCAGAUGCAGGAAUACUUGAUCUGUAUAGUCAGAAAAAUACCCCGCCAGCCCCUCCAGCCAGGUCCCACAGCAAAGAGAGUCUGGCGUUAAGUAUUAGCAAGAGUAUGGCAAUGACAGAGGUGCUGCUGGAGCAAUGCAGCGAUGCGGCAAAGCUUGCCAAGAAGCCGACAGCAGCUGCAGCCGAGCGCGGCGCGGACCAGCUCACUGGAGGAAGGAUUCCAGGAGGAGGGGGCCCGGAGGAGCAGGAACGGAAGGGGAGGAAGGAUCAGGAGGAUGAGAAAGUGCUUAAAGUUGCCGACGCAAAGAAAACUUUUGAAAAGCAUAAGGCACCAGAGGGGAAGGCAGCAACACCACCGCCCAGCACGGCCAGAAAAGACACGAUGAGGCGAGUGGUACGACAGAGCAAAUUUCGGCAUGUGUUUGGCCAAGCGGUGAAAAACGAUCAGUGUUACGAUGACAUCCGCGUUUCCCGCGUUACUUGGGAUAGCUCCUUUUGUGCAGUAAACCCCAGAUUUGUUGCAAUAAUUGUAGAAGCUAGUGGUGGUGGAGCGUUCCUGGUGCUGCCUUUGCACAAGACAGGCAGAAUUGACAAGUCAUAUCCAACAGUCUGCGGCCACACAGGACCGGUGCUCGACAUAGACUGGUGUCCCCAUAAUGACCAGGUCAUCGCCAGUGGUUCGGAGGACUGCACCGUCAUGGUGUGGCAGAUUCCUGAGAACGGACUCACCCUGUCCUUGACGGAGCCCGUGGUAGUUUUAGAAGGCCAUUCGAAAAGAGUCGGCAUUGUGGCGUGGCACCCGACUGCGCGUAACGUGCUGCUCAGCGCAGGUUGUGAUAAUGCAAUCAUCAUCUGGAAUGUGGGAACAGGUGAAGCCCUCAUAAACUUGGAUGACAUGCAUGUGGAUGUGAUUUACAAUGUGAGCUGGAAUCGCAAUGGUAGCCUAAUCUGUACAUCUUCCAAAGACAAAAAAGUUCGAGUUAUUGACCCCAGGAAACAAGAAAUCAUUGCUGAGAAAGAGAAGACCCACGAGGGAGCCCGGCCCAUGCGAGCCAUUUUCCUCGCUGAUGGAAACAUCUUCACAACUGGCUUCAGCCGCAUGAGUGAACGGCAGCUUGCCCUUUGGAAUCCGAAAAACAUGGAGGAGCCAAUAGCCCUUCAUGAGAUGGACACCAGCAAUGGGGUUCUGCUGCCGUUCUAUGAUCCAGAUACCAACAUUAUUUACUUGUGUGGCAAGGGUGACAGCAGCAUUCGCUACUUUGAGAUCACAGAUGAAUCCCCCUACGUUCACUACCUCAACACCUUCAGCAGCAAAGAGCCGCAGAGGGGCAUGGGGUUCAUGCCAAAGAGGGGCCUGGACGUGAACAAGUGUGAGAUUGCCAGGUUCUUCAAGCUUCACGAGAGGAAAUGUGAGCCCAUCAUCAUGACGGUCCCUCGAAAGUCGGACCUUUUCCAGGAUGACCUGUACCCCGAUACAGCUGGCCCUGAAGCAGCUCUGGAAGCAGAAGAGUGGUUUGAGGGGAAGAAUGCCGAUCCCCUCCUCAUUUCCUUGAAACACGGGUACAUUCCAGGCAAGAAUAGGGAUCUCAAAGUGGUCAAGAAGAAUAUACUGGACAACAAGCCUGCAGCAAACAAGAAAAGUGAUCUCAUAAAUGCUCCAAAGAAAGCAGCUGAUGCCUCAAACAUUCAAAACGAAGCCAAAUUGGAUGAGAUUUUGAAAGAGCUGAAAUCUAUAAAAGACACAAUCACCAGUCAAGACGAGCGCAUUUCCAAGCUAGAACAGCAGAUGGCGAAGAUCGCAGACUGAGCGGAGGGCGAGCGCGGCGGCUGGCGCCCGCUGCCAGCCCAGAACACAUUCCAGUUCCCAAGUUCGGCAAGCAGCAGCGUGCAGCAUUCCAAUACGAGCUUUCCCGUUCUCCUAAAUUAACGUCAACGAAAGCCGAUGAUUAAAAGCCAAGCUUUUUAGUGAAAAGAUUUUUUUUCCUGAUGUUUUAAUGAAUUUAUGUGACUGUGUCAAACAAGUCAAAAAGAAUAAGUGCUACUUUUACAGUCUUUUUUCCAGAUGUUCUGAAUUCUUGAAAACAAACCCAUUCUGACUUUCAAUGUUGUGCCCAAAUAUCUUUUUCUAGAUUUAGGGACCAAUACCACAUUGUUCUUAACCAUUUUUUAAAGUUGCCAAAAACAAAAAAAAACAAAGGUUGCUUUUUAUUUUUCUUAUUUGCCACUUUGCAGUAUUUGUGUUUUAAAUUUAAAGGGACGGCACUGUGUGUGUGUGCGUGCGCAUGUGUGUGUGGUGGAUGUUUAUACUGUUUAGAGAACAAAACUGAAGCUAUUUUGUAUAAAUCUUCAAUUUUGAACAAUCAGAUCAGUUUCGUUUGCAGUGUGGCCAAGGCUGCUGCUGAGACCCCUCAUAAAUCCAUGCAAGUUGACUUUCCUGCCUUGCAUUCUGGUCACUGUUUCCUGUUAGUUAGAAAACACGGUUUCGAAUGAGGUGAUUCAUGCCACAAAAUGCCUUUUGCCCUUUUACACCCUACAGAAAUUUUAAAGUAGCAUCAUGCUGCCCUUUUAAAAUAAUCUGUGGUUUCGGAUUAUUCUAGCCAUGUCCAAAUGGGCAUGUUUUAGUUUCUGGGUUUGUUUUUUUAUUUUAAGGCAAAAGUUACCUUAAUGCAGAAAAUGUUUUUACACUUAUCCAUGGACUAUAACCUUUAGGGCGUGCAAUGAGAGAUGAAUGCCAAUCUGCAAGCAGUGGGACAUUCGCAUGUAAGCAGGUUCUCCCUCGUGUCCCUUUCAGCUGUAUGCAUUGCUGUAAAUACUCGUUUCUGCACUAGAGCUGCGACACCAGGCUCUUUGGCUCAUUUACUUUAAGAAGCUUUGAAAAUUUGUGAGCUUGUAAUUCUUUGGCCCCCAACUUUAGUGCUGUUGUUAGAAAUUUCUGCCCUGACUUUGCUUCCAAAGCAGCAUUAGAAAUAGCUAGGUGAUUUUAUAGUGACAGGUCUCCAGAAACGAAAUUCCUCCUUUUUUUUUCUUUCUUUUUUUGUUUUCUCCCUCAUCAUUCCUGCCUCUUUACCCCACCCCUGCUGUAUAACUUUGCAGAAAAUACUUUGUUCCCGGAUCAGAUAAGUGACCUUCAUCCCGGGCCCAAUGCAGUCCCAGCCCUUCGGCGCAGAAGGGCCAGGGGAGGGUGGUUGGUUUUUGGUCCCAGUUUGGAGAACUGGUUUCUCACGCUGUCCUUGGAGAUCCUCAGGUGAUGCGAGACCCGGCGAGCACACAGCACCCAAAGCUCAUCUUGAAAUUUCUCCUACGCCUCAGCGAACCUCUGCUCGCCCGGGUCUCUGCUGCGGAAGGGGGUGCCGGUGCUAGGAGAGGGGCCGCACGGCGUCCCCCCCCCCCGGGCCUGGGGGCCCUCCCCGGCGGUGGGAGCGGGAGCCGGGCCCGGUUUUGCCCGGUUGUCGCAUCGGUGCUGCUCGUCUCGGGACAGCCCGCCCGAGCGCUGGCCGGGAAACGCUUGCUGCCCUUGCCGAAUCCCGGUGUGGGCAAAGACUAUCGGGGUGUCGGGGUGAAGUGACCGUCAGCUGAUGAGCCUGAACACCCCGGGCCGGGGUCGGUCCUCGAAGCAGCUCACUGCCAUGUUGCCCCGCGUGCGCGGAGCUGCCCCGCCGGAGCCCCCGGAGGCUGCCUCAGCCUGGGACCCGGCGUCCCCCCAGCCAGCCUCAAGUGAGCCUUUCCCGUUAGGUUAGCUAGAAAUCCUCAAAUUCUCCGUUUUUCUAGUGUUUGCAUGUUCAAAACGUACAGGUUACGGAUUCUCUGUUCGGAAGGAUGUCUGUGUUUGUGGUGGGACGGGAACUCGCACCGCUGGGACAGCAAAGUAGCUGGAGAGGCACGAGAACAGGCUGCGAAAAGACAGAGAAUGUGUUAUAAUUUCAUAGCAUGGAAGAUGCAUAAAAGUGGUUUUUCUUUGUUUAAGCGGUGAGCACGGCAGCGGGGAGACUCAAUCCUGCUGCGCGCGGCUGGGGGGGGUGGGAGUUACCACCGACGCUGGAUUCGCAGUCCGGGCGCUCCGGGUUAUUUGGAUGUUUGGUGAUGUUUUUGUAUUGCAGUAAAUGGCUGAGAUGAUGUGUAUUUUUUUUUUUUUUUUUGAAAACAAAACCAAGCAUACUGCUCCCCCAAAAGGCGAUCUCUGUGUCGAUUUGUAUGUGUGAUUCAGGGCUGCGUGCUUGGGGACCGCUGGUUUGUCUGACCGGAGGGAAAUCCGGUUCCGAAGCGCUGGGUGGAGAUGCCCAGCCUGGGUGGUCUGAGGGGGGUGGAGAAAAGUCCGCCGUGGUUUUUAGUUUAUAGCUUGUAUUUUAUUUAAAUGAACUGAUGAUGCCUAGCCGGGCUCAAACAGAGUCAGUGCCUGAAGCUUUUUGUAGCCGUGAUAGCCCAGAAGAGAACCAGCGAAGUCCUGAGAGAUGCGCUCUUAUAGAGCGGCCAUACUAUCUGUCCAAAUAUUUGCUUCCAUUUUCAAAAGAUAAAAGUCAUUGAUUACGAA